AUGGAGGUGUGGGAAGCCCUGGCCAAAAUGCAGCCAGACCUCAUCUGUCGCAUCUGCCUGGACUACAUCAAUGACCCGGUCACCAUCGACUGCGGCCACAGCUUCUGCGACUCCUGCAUCCGCAUGUCAUGGAAGGACCUGCAGGACACAUUCCCUUGUCCCGUGUGCCGGCAGUCCCGCCAGGAGAUGCGCGUUAGUGCCAACGCCCAGCUGGGCAGGCUGGUGGACCUGGCCAAGCUCCUGCACAGCUCCAGCAGCAGCGAGAUGGCGGUGGCAGAGGAGGGCAGGUGUGAGGAGCACAGGCAGGGAGUGAGCCUCUUCUGCGAGGUUGACCAGGAGCUGGUGUGUCCCCAGUGCGCCCAGGGCCCUAUCCACCAGGGCCACCAGGUCAGGUCCAUAGGCGAGGCAGCGGCUCAUCACAGACAGAGGCUUGGUGACUGCAUCAAGUCCCUGAAGAAGCAGCUGCUAGAGCUGCAGAAGCUAGAAGUCGCCCAAGACAGAAACAUCCUGCAGCUGAGAGAGGACAUGGGAAAGCACAGGAAUCAGCUGGCCUCGGAAUUUGAGCAGCUCACCCAGUUUGUGGAGCGUGAGCACGAGGCUGCACUCCGCAGGCUGGCAGAAGAGGACAAACGCCUGCAGCAGCAGCUCAGGGCCAACCUGGAGGCCUACUCGGACCACAUCUCGGAGCUGAAGGACCUCAGACGGGAGGUGGCAGAGCGAAGCGUGAUGCCGGUGGCCUACAGCCUCCCUCCUCUGUACUCGGCGCUCAACAGCAUCAUCCAGAGAUUCCGAGAGCGCAUCAGCCUGGACCCCGACACGGCCCACCCAAGCCUGCGUGUGUCCCAGGACCUCCAGUCGGUGACCUGCGUGAGGAAAAGGUCCAAAGGGGAUGGGGACCCCGGGCCCUGGGAUGACACCACCCAGCUGGUGGUCCUGGGCCGGGAGGGCUUCGCCUCUGGCCGCCACUACUGGGAGGUGCAGGUGGGCGCCAAGCCCGAGUGGGCCGUGGGCGUGUGCAGCGUGGUCCCUUCGGCGCAGACCUCACGGCCCCUGGCGGCUCCCAAGAGAUGCUGGACGCUGCAGCUGCAGGACGGCGACUACCUGGCCGUGAGUGCGGGGGCCGAGCCUCUGGCUCUCAGAGACCAGCCCACGGCCAUCGGCAUUUACCUGGACUGGGAGCUGGGCCAGCUUUGCUUCUAUAACGCCACCAACAGGUCUCACCUCCACUCUUUCACGGAGCCCUUUGCUCAAGAGCUCAAGCCCUACCUCCGCUUGGGGCCCGACUCCGCCCCUCUCUCUGUGGGCGCUGGCGGGGCUGAGGAUGGGUGA